AUGGUGCUAGAGAAGAAGCGAGAAGUUCUGCAUCUCAUUCCAAAGGCAAAAAGAAGAGUGGCUUCCAACUGUCUGGAACAAAAAAAGCAACUUUUUAAUUUCAUCACUUUGCCUGUAAAUUUAGGGAAAAAUGGAAACCCAGUUGCAGAGAAUUUCAGGGUGGAAGAAGUCAGUUUACCAGAUACUAUCAAUGAAGGACAAGUUCGAGUGAGAACUCUCUAUCUCUCCGUGGAUCCUUACAUGCGCUGUAAGAUGAACGAAGAGACUGGCGCUGACUAUUUGGCCCCGUGGCAGCUGGCACAGGUAGCUGACGGUGGAGGACUUGGAGUUAUAGAAGAGAGCAAGCACCAGAAGUUGGCCAAAGGCGAUUUUGUGACUUCUUUUUACUGGCCCUGGCAAACUAAGGCAAUUCUAGAUGGGAAUGGCCUUGAGAAGGUAGACCCACAACUUGUGGAUGGACACCUUUCGUAUUUCCUUGGAGCUAUAGGUAUGCCCGGCUUGACUUCCUUGAUUGGGGUACAGGAAAAAGGUCAUGUAUCUGCUGGAUCUAAUCAGACCAUGGUUGUCAGCGGGGCAGCAGGCGCCUGUGGAUCUUUGGCUGGGCAGAUUGGCCACCUGCUUGGUUGUUCCAGAGUGGUGGGAAUUUGUGGAACGCAUGAGAAAUGUCUCUUUUUGACCUCAGAGCUGGGGUUUGAUGCUGCAGUCAAUUACAAAACAGGGAAUGUUGCAGAACAGCUUCGAGAAGCGUGCCCGGACGGAGUGGAUGUUUACUUUGACAAUGUUGGAGGUGACAUCAGCAAUGCGGUGAUAAGUCAGAUGAAUCAGAACAGCCACAUCAUUCUGUGUGGUCAGAUUUCUCAGUACAAUAAAGAUGUGCCCUAUCCUCCUCCGCUGCCCCCUGCUGUAGAAGCAAUCCAGAAGGAAAGAAACAUCACAAGAGAGAGAUUUAUGGUAUUAAAUUAUAAGGAUAGAUUUGAGCCUGGAAUUCUACAGCUGAGUCAGUGGUUUAAAGAAGGAAAGCUAAAGAUCAAGGAGACUGUGGCAAACGGCUUGGAAAACAUGGGAGUUGCGUUCCAAUCCAUGAUGACAGGAGGCAACAUAGGGAAGCAGAUCGUCCGCAUUUCAGAAGAUUCUUCUCCGUAGUCUUGGUGUGUCUCCAUCAAGGAGACCCUCCAUUCUCCACUUCCCACAAAGAUUGUUAAGACAUGUUUAAAAAUAAUCUUAUAGUACAGUUAGUUCUCCAUUCCUGUGUGAUAUUUUCUUUGUUGUAUAACCACUUUAUCUUCAAUAUCACAUUCAUUAUACAUUUAAUAUGUGAUUGUUAACCAUAAUCAGGGGUUCUGUGGGUCAUGACCCCUCUGGAGGGGUCACAUAUCAGAUCUCCUGCACAACAGAUAUUUACGUUAAUAUUCAUAACAGCAAAAUUACAGUUAUAAGGAAGCAACCAAAUAAUUUUAUGAUUGUGGGUCACCACAACAGGAGAAAUUGUAUUAGAGGGUUGCAGUAUUAGAAAUAUUGAUGCCACAAUAGAUUGAAAUUAUCUCCGCAGGUCUCCCACUGCCGAGACUGCUAGGAUGCCAGACUGGUGUCACUUGUCACUUGGAUAACUUUGCUUAUAAAACUAAUAUUACAUAUAUUUGUAUCAAGUAUUUAAAAGUCCCUGGGUGGUUUUUAAACCCCAGGUUUUCUAACCCCAACUGUUAAUGGAAUAUAUAUUUUUAAAUUACUUUUAGAAGUGAGUAAACAUUCUACUCUAAUUCUAAGGUGAGAAGCGGUUAACAUUUGUUGAACUGGGAACAUUUUUUAACAUUUUUUAACAUUCUUCAGACACACCGGAAGAGGGCAUCAGACCCCAUUACAGAUGGUUGUGAGCCACCACGUGGUUGCUGGGAAUUGAACUCAGGACCUCUGGAAGAGCAGUCAGUGCUCCUAACUACUGAGCCAUCUCCAGCCCCCAUUUUUACCAUUCUUAAACUGAGGGCAUUAGAAUUGAGAUAGCCUUUCCCUAUUUUUAAUGAGAGACUUUAGAACUCUCUAUUUUACACACCCAAAUGUCUGUGCACCACGUGCAUGCCUGGUGCCUGCAUGGGGCUCUAGUGCCUGCAGUGGGGCUUUGGGUCCCCCGGAGCUGGAGAGUUGAACCACUCUGUGGGUGCUGGGCUCUAGAACGCAGGGCCUCAGGUAGAGCAGCCUGCCCAAAGAGAGGCUUCAAUGGCCUAAGUGUAUGGGUUUGGGGCAGCACUGGGGUAUUUACAGAUUGUGGGACAGUUGGUGGAGGGCAGACGUUUUGGAUUAGGACUGGUAUGAGAAGAUAAAUGAGUUGAUGGGAGGCUCCAGGAGCCAGGUUUACAUUGAGAAGUUGAUCUAUGCGUGUUCUGCCAAACAAUUGACUGUAGCAAGCCUAACAGCUUACUACAUCUCAUAAAAGCUUGUGUGUAUUUUAGGAAAAACAGUUUUUAGACAGAAUCUGUUAGGUUGCUUUCUAUGUGAUCCACGCUGGCCUGGAACUCAGUUAUCCUGCCUGCCUGCCUCCAGAGUGCCAAUGUUAAAGGCCUGUAUUACCAUGCUGGUACCUCGGAGAGCUAAUAGACAUAAACUUCACUAAGGAAUCACUGGUUAAAGUGAGUUGAGGAGAGGUCAGGGCACACUGACCUCUAGGAGCCUUGAGGCUAAUCCCUAACUGCACCUCCCCCCAACAAGCACCAAGUAAACAAGCUUCAGAAAAUGGUAGGACUAAGUAAAUUAACUAAUGGUCAUAGACGUGACUAUUCCAGAUAUAUCGAUGUAUCGCAUUCGUUUUAUUAAUUGUAACUCAACCUUUAGAAAAAUAAAACUGGAGCUGUUUUCUGAGUAUGACUUAUGGCCACUUUUUUACAGUCAAUGUAUUUUAGAGGCAAAACUUGUAAUAAAUUUAUUCAAAGUGUAA